ACCCACUGGCCGGCCAACCACCCCAAAGAAAGAGAAACACAUUAAUUGCGUCAUGCGUGAUUCAAAUUGUUGGAUAAACUUGUACCAACACCAUUAUUGAUGUUACAAGUCAAGAUCGGCAAACUAGUCAUUUCUUUCAAAAUUUGCUAGUCAUUUAUUUGCCAAAUAGUCCACUACUCUUAUAAACGUAGAUAUAUCGCAUUCUAAGAAUGCAAGCACUUUAGCUACUAACACAGUAUACAAUAAUCACGAAUGGAACUUUCUUGUGCGUACGCUUGUCUGUCUGUUCUCCUACUCCUUGUUCUAGCUUUCAACUUCUUGUCAAAAACAAGAAGCAGAUAUCGAAACCUCCCGCCGAGUCCACUGGCUUUUCCAGUCAUAGGUCAUCUCCACCUACUAAAACCACCUCUCCACCGAACCCUACACAGCUUGUCACAAAAAUACGGCCCCAUCAUCUCCCUUCAGUUCGGGACUCGCCGGAUUGUGGUGGUGUCAUCACCGUCUGCCGUGGAGGAAUGUUUCACCAAGAACGACAUCGUCCUCGCCAACCGCCCGCCCUUUUUGAUAGGCAAGUACAUAGGCUACAACUUCACAACCAUCGCCACAUCCCCCUACGGCGACCACUGGCGCAAUCUCCGCCGCCUCAGUGCUCUCGAGAUCUUCUCAACCACUCGACUCAACUUCUUUCUAUCCAUUCGAAAGGACGAAAUCAGGCUUUUCUUACUCAGACUGUACCAAAACUCAUCCGGAGAAUUUGCAAAAGUUGAGUUGAAAUCAAAGCUUACGGAGCUGAGUUUUAAUAUCAUGAUGAGGAUGAUUGCAGGGAAGCGGUAUUAUGGCCAAGACGUGCCGGCCGACUACGAGGAGGCGAAGGAGUUCCGGGAGCUGAUAAAACAAGUGGUCCGGUACGGUGGUGUAUCGAAUUCGGGAGAUUUCUUGCCGGUUCUACGAUGGAUUGAUUAUCAGAACUUGGAAAAGAAUUUGAUGGGAUUCAGUAAGAAGAUGGAUGCGUUUUUGCAAGUUCUGAUUGAUGAGCAUCGAUGCGAGAAGAAAAUAGCAACCAUGAUCGAUCACUUGCUUUCCUUGCAAGAAUCGCAGCCAGAAUACUACACAGAUAAGAUUAUCAAAGGGCUUAUAAUGGUGAUGUUACUUGCCGGUACAGACACAUCUUCAGUGACAAUAGAAUGGGCUAUGUCAAAUUUACUUAACCAUCCCGAAAUGUUAAAGAAGGCAAGAGUUGAAUUGGACUCUCAUGUGGAUCAAGAUCGCUUAAUUGACGAAUCAGAUUUCUCGAAAUUGAAUUACCUUCACAAUAUCAUUUUAGAAACCUUCCGAUUGUGCCCGGCCGCACCACUUUUAGUACCACACAUGUCCUCGGAUGACUGUACCGUCGGUGGAUACGAUGUGCCACGUGGCACAAUAUUGUUGGUCAAUGCAUGGGCCAUCCACAGGGACCCUAAGAUUUGGGAUGAUCCUACAAGCUUUAAGCCUGAAAGGUUUGAAGGUGGGGAAGUGGAGGCACACAAGCUAAUGCCAUUUGGGAUGGGUAGGAGGUCAUGUCCUGGUGCUGGGCUGGCCCAACGUGUGGUGGGCUUGACUUUGGGGUCGUUAAUUCAGUGCUUUGAGUGGGAGAGAGUAAGUGAGAAGCUUGUUGAUAUGACCGAAGGAAAAGGGCUUACAAUGCCCAAAGUUGAGCCAUUAGAGGGCAUGUGUAGAGCACGUGACAUCAUGAAGAAGGUCGUUGUUUCUGAAGCAACAUGAUCAUGUUUGAACAAUUUUUGUAACAUAUUUUAAGUUUGUAAUUGCUUAAAUAUGCACUUUACCGUUUCUUAACCA